CGAUAUUUUGUCCGACAACCCGCGUCGUCCUUCCGAAGCGUGAUCCUUCCUGCUAAGAAAGGCGGGGCCUGCAAAGUAAACGUAUAUAUAUUUGGGAAGGCAGAACUCGAAUCAGUUCUCUGCUUUCGAUUUCGAUGAUGGCGAAUCUUCAACCGGGUGCACCCUUCGAGUACAGGGAUCGCCGGCACGACGCCCUCGGCGAGCUCACGGUGCUUCCCGACGAGAUCAUCUGCUCGAUCCUCGAGAAUCUCGCUCCUCGUGACGUUGGUCGUCUCUCUUGCGUCAGCAGUGUGAUGUACAUACUGUGCAAUGAGGAACCACUCUGGAUGAGUGUGUGUCUGAAGCUGGCACAUGGUGAGCUUAGGUAUAGGGGAUCCUGGAAGAAAACAGCACUCUACCUAGAAAAUGUUCCAGUGAAUUAUAUUGAAUCAGACCGAAGCCCACUACAUUUUGAUGGAUUCAAUUCGUUGUUCUUGUACAGAAGAUUGUACAGAUGCCACACCACAUUGGAUGGGUUCUCUAUGGAUAGUGGAAAUGUGGAGAGAAAGGAUGGCAUAUCUUUGGAAGAGUUUAAUUGUGAUUAUGAUGUGAAAAAGCCGGUACUACUUGAUGGGCUGGCCAAUGCUUGGCCAGCAAGAACUUCUUGGACCAUUGAUAAGCUAUUGCUGAACCAUGGUAACAAGGCAUUCAGAAUAUCUCAAAAGAGUGCGCAGAAAAUCUCGAUGAAACUCAAGGAUUAUGUUACAUACAUGAACAUUCAACAUGAUGAGGAUCCUCUAUAUAUAUUUGAGGAUAAGUUCGGAGAGAUAGCUCCAGGCUUGUUAAAGGAUUACCAUGUGCCACACCUGUUUCAAGAAGAUUUCUUUGAUGUCUUAGAUGGAGAUCAACGACCUCCAUUUAGAUGGCUCAUAAUUGGUCCACAGAGGUCUGGUGCAUCAUGGCAUGUUGAUCCAGCUCUUACCAGCGCUUGGAACACCCUUCUUUGUGGCCGUAAAAGAUGGGCAUUGUAUCCUCCAGGAAAAGUCCCUUUGGGUGUUACAGUACAUGUAAAUGAUGAAGAUGGAGAUGUUAAUGUUGAGACUCCGUCCUCGUUGCAGUGGUGGUUGGACUUUUAUCCACUUCUUGCUGAUGAAGACAAACCAAUUGAGUGCACCCAGUUACCAGGCGAGACAAUAUUUGUCCCAAGUGGGUGGUGGCAUUGUGUCCUAAAUCUGGAGACAACUGUGGCUGUUACCCAGAAUUUUGUGAAUCCCAAGAAUUUUGAGUUUGUGUGUUUGGACAUGGCUCCUGGUUAUCGUCACAAAGGAGUUUGCCGUGCUGGAUUGCUUGCUCUUGAUGAUGGCCCUUCUGUGGAAGCUGGAAUGAUUGAUCUAUGUGGAAAGGAUGAUGUUGGUUACUCAGAUUUAACAAGGAAAGAGAAAAGAAUGAAAAUUCAACAGGAGGAUGGUCUACCUCAACAUGGAACCACAAAUGAGUCACCCCGAUAUUCUGAUGUGCAGAAACGAGACUUCUGUUACGAUAUAGAUUUCUUGGCCAUGUUUCUCAAUAAAGAUAAAGACCACUACAAUGCACCAUGGGCCUCAGGAAACUGCAUAGGACCACGGGAGAUGAGAGAAUGGUUAUUCCGGCUCUGGGUUGGAAAACCAGGAAUGAGAGAGCUGAUUUGGAAGGGAGCUUGUCUUGCCCUCAGUGCGGACAAAUGGUAUAAUUGUCUAAGGAAUAUCUGUAUGUUUCACAACUUACCUCAUCCUACUGAUGACCAAAAGCUUCCAGUCGGCACUGGUAGCAAUCCUGUUUACCUCAUGGCUGAUCAUGUGGUGAAGAUAUUUGUUGAAGAUGGUCUAGAAAAUUCAUUGUAUUGUUUGGGCUCUGAGCUCGAGUUCUAUACUCUUCUCUGCAAGCUCAACUCUUCACUGAGGAAUUACAUGCCUGAAAUUCUUUCAAGUGGGAUUAUAUAUCUUGAAGAUGGAUCCUUUACAGUUGUUCCAUGGGAUGGCCAAGGACUUCCCAAGGUGAUUGCUGAGUGCAAUUUGCUUCCAGGGACAUACGGAAAGGACAGCUUUCCCUUUGGUCUGUGGAGUAAGAAACAAUAUGAACUGAGAAGAGCUGGGACAUCUCCGGCUGAUUUAGCCUGCCCAGCAGGAUCUUCAGUAAUAUGGCCAUAUGUUAUCACCAAAAGAUGUGAGGGAAAGAUAUAUGCUCAGCUAAGAGAUAAACUUUCAUGGAAGGAAGCCUUAAACUUGGCUUCCUUCUUGGGGGAGCAGCUGCAUGACCUCCAUCUCUUGCCUCUUCCACCUUUCAGUGCAGAAAUUUCAGAUAUUGGACGAAAAGUGGAAUCCAAAUUUGAUGAUUCUUGUAUGGAGGUUCUUCCCGGUAAUUCUAAAAUUUCUGCAGAGUGGGAAAUAUUCAUCAGAGCUUUAAGCAGUAAGAGAAUGGGGGUCUCCAGACGAUUAAGAAACUGGGGGGAUCCAAUUCCUGAUGCAUUAAUCAAGAGAGUCGAUGAAUAUCUACCAAAUGACUUGACGAAGUUUCUGACCUCCUCCUUCUCUGGGGAUGAAGCAAAUGUUGAGGAAAACUGUAAACCUUCUUGGAUACAUUCGGAUAUUAUGGAUGACAAUAUUCACAUGGAAUCCUGUUCUGGAGAUUCUGAUUGUAAUGGAAAGGCAGUAGAUGAAGUUGUCGGUAACGGUUCCUUAAAUGGCCACAAAAAUGAAGUCGAAGAAGGAAUAUCAUGGCGUCCUAGUCACAUUCUUGAUUUCAGUGAUCUUACUGUUGGUGACCCUCUUUACGAUGUGAUCCCGAUAUACUUGGAUGUCUUCAGAGGUGAUACCUCCCUCCUCAAACAACUCUUGCAAAGCUACAAACUUCCGUUGUCGAGAUGGACAUCUCAGCAUGAAUCAGAGGGAAUAAAAACCAGACGACUCUCAUACCGUGCCAUGUGCUACUGUAUUUUGCAUGAUGAGAACAUUCUCGGGGCUAUCUUUACUAUAUGGAAAGAGCUCAGGAAAGCAGAGUCAUGGGAAGAAGUCGAGCGGGUGGUGUGGGGAGAACUCAACUCAUACAACAACUUCUCAUGAUUACCGUCUUCUCACUCUUGCAGGAUUUAUCCUUUCUGAACAAGCUUGAGUUUCAGAAUUAAGCGGAAAAUAUAUAUAUAUAUAUAUAUAUAUAUAUAUAUAUACAGUGGACUGUUGCGAUAAUUUAAUUGUUGUACAACUUCAAUAAAAUUUGUGUAUCAUGAUCAUCAGCUAGUCACAGAUGCGUUGGAUUCGUAUAUCACCUCUAGGGCUCGGUUGCCACUCUUUUACAAACUUGAGGGAGCAUUCUGACACAAUUGAGAUUACGGAGACUUUUCCCCC